CAUAUUUAAUUACUUUGACGGAGGCUCACGUUGCUGCAAAUUCAGCUCUAUUUCAGCUCCAGAUCUUAAAUAUUGAAAUAAAUAAUCAAAUUUGCAGAGCUAUGUUAAAUUUUUGAUCAUCCGGCAAUAGGUACAUUAAUUUCGUUUUUUGUCAUUUUAACAAUGGUGCCGUCCCUGUAUCGAGUUGCAAAAUUGCCUAAUAGUUUCGAUUCAUUGGGUACUUCAUAUUCGCUAGUUUAUCUUACCAUGAAGUUUAAUUUUUUUUUUUGGAAUUUGUACUUAGGUACGUCCUUACUUACUGGUCUAAUUAUUAUAAAACCGAACGCAAAGUUAUACUAUUAACAUUACAACACCACUGUUAUAUAAGUUGCAUGCCAAACAUUUCCUAUCUCGAUUACAAUUUAAAUGUUCUAUUCAUUAAUAAAAAAAUAGAUCAUAAUUUGAUUUCCAUUAUUACAAUUUUCUACUUUUUAAACUUGAACUCGGUACUUGAAACUUGAACUGAUGUGCUAUAUUUUUGCUUGUCAUGCUUUAGUGACAUUUACGUCACUUCUUGUUGUGGUAGUUUUGAUUUUGACGGGAAUUCUUACGCAUGCUUUAUAAAAGCUGUCUUUUAUUCCUUGUUUAGAAAGAUGGCAGACAACAAACUUUAUGAUGUAUUAGGUGUGAGCAGAAAUGCAUCAGAUAAUGAAAUCAAAAAGCAAUAUAGGAAGCUAGCAAAAGAAUUUCAUCCAGAUAAGAAUCCAGCUGCGGGUGAUAAAUUCAAAGAAAUUAGUUAUGCAUACGAAAUUCUCUCCGAUCCUAAAAAAAGAUCACUAUACGAUAGAGUUGGUAUUAAAGGCAUGCAAGAAGGUGCUAGUGAUGGAUUCGGAGGUGAAGACUUGCUUUCACACCUAUUUGGGGGUGGUUUGUUCGGUGGCUUUGGAGGAUUUGGUGGUGGAGGAGGAGGCCCACGAAGAAGGCAAAGAGGCGAGGAUACCAUGCACCCACUUAAAGUGACACUAGAAGACUUGUAUAAUGGAAAAACUUCUAAGCUUCAACUUAGUAAAAAUGUGAUUUGUGCUACUUGUAAUGGGAAAGGCAGCAAAAGUGGUAAAACUGAAAGAUGCCAAAAUUGUAAUGGUUGUGGAUUGAAGGUAACAUAUCGGCAGAUAGCGCCUGGUAUGGCCCAACAGACUCAAUCUCGCUGUCCAGACUGUCAAGGUGAGGGUGAGAUUAUUAAGGAAAAGGAUAAAUGCGCUACCUGCAAGGGCAAGAAAGUGUGCAAUGAGACUAAAAUUCUAGAAGUUCAUGUUGAUAAGGGUAUGAAGGAAAAUCAAAAAGUCUUGUUCAGGGGUGAAGGCGAUCAACAACCUGACGUAGAGCCCGGAGACGUUGUGAUUCUCCUGCAACAAAAGCCACACGAAAAAUUCCAGAGGAACGGAGACGAUCUACAUGUCAAACAUACUAUCUCUCUAACAGAAGCCUUGUGUGGUUUUUCGUUCAUUAUCCAUCAUUUGGAUGGCAGAGACAUUCUUGUGAAACAACCCGCUGGCGAUGUUGUAAAACCAGGUGGUGUAAAAUGUGUGAUGAAUGAGGGUAUGCCCCAUUUCAAAAAUCCCUUUGAAAAAGGAAACUUAUAUAUAUCUUUUAAUAUUAAAUUCCCCGAAAACCACUUUACUAGUGAAUCUAAUCUAAAAGCUCUAGAAACUUUAUUACCACCUAGACCUGCGUUUACGAUGCCCAUGGGAGAACAUGUGGAAGAGGUGGAUUUACACGAUUUUGACCCAGCAGAAAAAGGCUCACAUUCAUCCCGAGGUGAGGCCUAUGCCAGUGACGAUGAAGACCAUAUGCAGCCAGGUAUUCAAUGUGCACAUCAAUAGGAUAAUUUCAUUUUUAGUUUAUUAUUGCGAAUCUGUAUGUUGUGCUGCGCUUCUUUCUGAAUAAGGAUAUUGUAACAUGAAAUUUGCCCUUGUAGAAAAAUGAGUUUUGAUUUAGUAACAAAUAUUUUUUACUUAAUUUAAAUUGUGGCAACUUCGGAUUGCAGUAUAGGAGGUGAUGCUAAUAAUACCAUUGUUUAUUUUUUAUCAUACUAUGCCCUUUAUUUAUUGCAUUGUACACUUCUGUUACUCAUAUUUCUACAUACAA